AUGCAAUAAAUUGAUAUUCCAAUAUUCCAAUAUUAAAAAGCUAAUGCACCAUUUGUAAAUUAAUAAGGAGAAGAAUUCGAUUAUAUUAUGGAAGAUAGGAUUAAUAUUAACUUUAAAUGUUGCAAAUUGUCAUUUACAAUAUGCUCUAUUUUUUAAGCAAUAUUUGGUAUAAUUUAAAUUUAUUUUAUAGCCUUGGCAUUAAUAGUAUUCAUGAUUAAUACUUUUCUGUUAGUAAUAUUAAAAUGA